GUCUCUUCUCUUCUCUUCACUUUCCUUGCAAUUCAUCUUCCUUUCAUUUUUCAAUAACGAGAGAGAGAGAGAGAAACGUAGUUCAGUUCAAUUCAAUUCACCACUGUCAUUCCCAAAUCCGAUCGCAACUUCAAUUCUUCUUCAUUUUUCUCUCUUCUCUCUCUCUGACAACAAUUAUUUUGUGGUGACAAACUCACUCACCGGAGUAGCUUCUUCGCGUUUCGUUCCGUCUCCCGAAUCCGUUCGAUUUCCUUUUGAGGGUUUGACCGCGCCGACGCCGAUGUCUGUUUACCUCGUAAUCGGAAGCUCUUCAUCCAUCAUCGGUUUCAGAUCCUGCUUCACCAACCGCGCCAGGCUUCGCUGUCCCGCUAAGAUACGCUUUCGCCACUGGACUUGACGGCACUCCCUACCAUUUUAGGGUUUCCUUUCCGCUCAAUCAAACUAACAAAAAAAAAAAACUUUUGGAUUCUGAAGCAAAGCGUUGUGUUGUGUUUUUUAUUUUGGAUUCGAUGGUUAAAACUGUUGGAGUUCGGUUCCACCCUACUGGUGUUGAGUUAGUUGUGUACUUUCUGAAGAGGAAAGUGAUGGGAAAAAAAAUCUGCGAUGGUUUCAUUGCUGAACUUGACAUAUACAAGUAUGCUCCUUGGGAUCUCCCAGAUAAGUCUUGUCUGAGAACUGGGGAAUUGGAAUGGUACUUCUUCUGCCCGCUAGAGAAGAAAUAUGGCAGUGGGAGCAAGAUGAAGCGUGCUACUGAAAUUGGGUAUUGGAAAGCUACUGGGAAGGAUAGAGUUGUUCAGCACAAUAAUCGAACUGUGGGGAUGAUAAAGACACUGAUAUUUCACACGGGUAAAUCGCCUCGUGGCGAAAGAACUGAUUGGGUUAUGCAUGAGCAUAGGCUUGAAGAUAAGGACCUCGCUGACAAAGGGAUUGCUCAGGAUUCCUAUGUAGUCUGCAAGGUAUUCCAAAAGGAAGGUCUUGGUCCCGGGAAGGGAACACACUAUGCGAGACCAUUUAAUGAGGAAGAGUGGGACGAUGAAGAAAUUGGAAUACCUUGUGCUGCUUUGACUGCACAAGUUCCCACCUUGCCUAUUACAUCUGAUGGUUCUGUUGCAAAUGACAAUCAUCUCCCUGCUAGUGGAUGUAUUGGGUCAGCAUCCACAUCAUGUCUAUCAGGAUCAGUGCCUUCUCUGGGCACAGUAAAUCCUACUGGUCCAAAUGAUCAAGCUGUUAAUGAUGAUAUUUUACCAAUGCUUCAUAUUUUUAAUGAUGACAAAUGGUUUGAGGAGAUUUAUAAUCCUGGUCAGGAAAAUAUUGUUGAAGGUGCACCACCUUCAGAUGAUUUUUUUGCGGGCUUGGAAGACUACUUUGCUGGUUUCUCCUCUGGCCAGAAUACAGGUGAUGUUGGGAACUCUGAUGACUUGGACUUCUUAGAGUUGAAUGACCUAGACACCCCAUUAUUCUAUCCGACCACACAACCUUGAAGUUAAUAAGAGUCGCAAUAAAGGGGUUGUUUUGGUUAUGACUUACGACUGACCUUUGGCAACUAGCUAGAGGACAAUUUAAAUUAUUGUUUUUUUUUCUUAUUCUGUGCUUUGAACAUUGACUCUCAAGUCCCGUGAGUGAUUGUGUGUAUAUGUGCUUGUUUUUUUCAUUUUAGAACUUCCUUCUCAUAACGAAAAUUGUGUAUUUCAACAUAUUCAUAUUCAUUUGGGGAAUAUCUUAACGUGAUAUCAAGAGAUUCACUAAAA